AUGCGCGACGAGCGGUACCCACCGCCGUUCGCGCCGCCUGGCCUCCGUCACAUCGGCUACGAGCUUCGCGUGGCGGCGACGCUGCGGCGCGCGGCCGAGCCGCUUCUCGAGACCGACCUGUUUGCCUGGGGCGACGGCGUUGAGGGCAGCCUCGGUCGCGACAACACACAGACCACGACCGUGCCUCUGCGCGUCUCGGCGCUGCGCCAUGCCUCGAUCGCCCAAGUCGCCGCGGGCCGCCACCUCAGCCUCUUCGUCGACGAUGCUGGACAAGUGUACCAGUGCGGCCGCGUCGGCGCGUACGUCACGGCGGCCAACUGGGUGCCACGGCCUGUACAUGGACUGCCACCCGUGCAGAGCGUCGCCGCCGGCACCCGCGCGUGCUUUGCCAUCUCCGCUCCACAGCGCGUGCGACCGCUCACGAUCGGCCGAGAAAACGACGACGACGACGACGAGACGGCGUCAUCGAGCGACGGCGGCGGCGUGGUGUACGCAUGGGGCGAUGGCUGCCACGGGCAGCUCGGGCUCGGCUCCGACGCUCGCAUCUCGGUGCCGCAGCCAGUGGCAUUGCCGACGCCGGUCGUUCGUAUAUGCGCGGGGCACCACUUUACCCUCGCGAUCACAUCACAAGGCGAGCUCUACUCGUGGGGCCGCAACUCACAUGGGCAACUUGGCCACCGUAGCACGACCCUCGAGCGGACGCCGCGGCGUGUCGAAGGCCUCCCGCGCGUACUCGAGGUUGCGGCUGGGACCAGCCAUGUGCUGGCGCUCUGCGGCUCGACCGUGUAUAGCUGGGGCCGCAGUCAACGCGGGUGCUUGGGCCUCGGCGGCGACGACCGCGACGUCACGUCUCCUGUCGAAGUCGCCUACUUUCGCUGUAUGCGCGCCGAGAAGGUUGCUGCGGGCAGCGACCACUCGCUCGUCGUGUGCGUGCUGGGCGUUCGAACCUUUCUCUACGCGUUUGGCUCGAACGCCUUUGGGCAGCUCGGCCUCAACCUCAUCGUCCAACACGUCGACACACCCCAGUGCGUCCAAGAAUUCGAGUACGCCGCUUCGUCCCGACGCAUUGCUCAGAUCCGCGCCGGCGACCGCUUCUCGGUGGCGCUUCUGACCAACGGCGAGGUGUACACGUGGGGAGACGGAGCCCACGGCAAGACGAGCCACGGCGUGCAGCGGCAGGCGACCUGUGUCCCAUGGCCCGUUGAAGCCAUCGCGCCACGCUUCGCGAUCGAUGUGGCCGUUGGGUUUGCCCACGGGCUUUGCGGCAUCGCUCGUGUCUAG